AUGGAAUUCCAAGAAGAUAUCAAGAAUCUUGUGAAGGUGUCUCUUUUAGCAUCAAUUUCUCUUGGUUAUUGCUACUCUGUGGGGAAAAUCAUUCCAAAAGGACCCCUUUCCUCCCCUUCUAUUCCCCUCUUCCGAUUCCUUUCCCUCGCUUGUUUUCCCAUUGGAAAGAGCAUUCCAGGGAAAAACCCAACCCAUAGAUCUCCUUUUAACUAUGGAAUUAAAGCUCUCCUUCUUGCGACUUUCCUCAAGGUUUAUCAUGAUCAUGGUGAUCAUAUGAACCCCAUGAUCGCUUGGAUCUUCUUUGCGUUCUCAGUCUACUUCUUUUUAGACCUCCUAAUGACUAUCAGUUCCAUAGUAAUGGAAUUCUUACUAGGGGUCAGACUUGACCCUCAGUUCGAUGAACCUUAUCUGUCCACUUCCCUCCAAGAUUUUUGGGGCAGGAGGUGGAAUGUCAUGGUCAACCGAAUUCUCCAUCCAACCAUUUACAAUCCGGUCCGUAUAAUGUCAGCUCGGGCCAUCGGUCAUAUGUGGGCCCCAAUACCAGCAAUAUUGACAACAUUCGCAGUCUCGGGUCUUAUGCAUGAACUUAUUUUCUUUUAUUUCACACGAGAUUGGCCAACGUGGGAUACCAUGCUUUUCUUUUGUCUACAUGGAGUCUCGUUGGUUAUGGAGACAACAAUCAAGAAAUUUGUUAAUGUUAAAUGGAGUUUACCCCGCCACAUAACCGCCCCAUUGGUGGUUGCAUUCGUGUUGGUGACAUCUUAUUGGUUGUUCUUUCCUGAACUUCGACGAUGUAAACUUGUUGAAAGAGCAUUUGAAGAUUAUGGGGCAAUAGCGAAGAUAGUAAAUUUUGUUGUUUGA